AAAAAGUAAAAAAAAAAAAAGUUCUCUUCAACUUCUCAAGGGCUUUGACAAUAUGGGUCACUGUACCUGGUGAUUUGCAUAUUGUCACAGAUUCAAAUUUGUUCAACUUGAAGACUUUCUUUUACUAGGUAUUAAACUAUUGAAGCUACUGUCCCGUUGUUCAGAUUUAUGAAAGAGCAUUGGGCCAGAUAAUCUGACAGCUGGUUGAUGUUUUGCUAAUAUUUUAAUAACAAGGUGACCAACAAGCAUCUUACAGACAUUGAGGGAGAUUAUGGAUUGUAAUAAAGAUGAGGCAGUCAGGGCAAAGGAAAUUGCUGAGAGGAAGGUUACUGAAAGGGAUUAUGCUGGUGCCAGGAAAUUUGCUAUGAAGGCUCAGUCUUUAUAUCCUGGGCUUGAGGGAAUCUCUCAAAUGUUGACAACAAUUGACGUAUAUGUUUCUGCAGAGAAAAAAAUUAAUGGGGAAGUGGACUGGUAUGCUAUACUUGGUACAAAUCCUUGGGUUGACGAUGAAACAGUGAGGAAACAAUACCGGAAGCUGGCUCUGGCACUUCAUCCUGACAAAAACAAGGCUACUGGUGCAGAUGGUGCGUUUAAGUUGGUUUCACAGGCCUGGAGCUUGUUGUCCGAUAAGGCUAAGAGAUUAGCUUAUAAUGAGAAGUUGAAUCCUAGAAUCAGGACGAAACCUCAGUCCAAGGUCAAGGUUCCAUUUUCGUCACCCAGUGCAAAUGGCAUUCAUACUUCUACCAGUAAUGCAUCUUCAAAUGCUAGGACUCAAAACAAUGCUACCCAAGUGGGCCCAACAUCUGCUCCUUCUACUAAUAAAAAUCCUGGUACAUUUUGGACUAUUUGCAACAAAUGCAAAACUCAGUAUGAAUAUCUGAGGAUUUAUCUGAAUCACACGCUCCUUUGCCCCAACUGUCGUGAGGCUUUUCUGGCUUUAGAGAGGCCUCCACCUCCAAAUGCUUUCAAGUCUUCUAACUUGUCUUCUCGCCAGCAGCAUCAGAAUUCUAGACAUCAUAAUGCUAGCAGUAACACAUGUAAUACUGGGGCUUUUACGGGUCUUAGUUCAUCUACUGACACAAACCUCCAGUGGGGUCCUUUCUCUAGAAUGGCUGAUGUUAAUAGCAAGGUUGCAUCAACUUCCACUGCCACUCAGCAGGUCCAUGAGAAAUCGAAGAGAGAGAGUAACGAAGCAUGGGCGGCUACCUCAAAAAAGAGAAGAAUGAAUGAUAAUCGCAUGAAUGGGUAUGUAGGUGACAUGGCAAAUCAGAUGGCCAUGGGGAAUGGAGUUGGUUUGGGAAGUGUAUCUGAAUCGAGAAGGGGCAGUUCUGAAGCUGAACGAACCUAUGGUUUUUCUGGCACCAAUAACAAGUGCAACAGGGAGAGAGAACUAUCAUUGUUUGAGAUUCGUAACAUGAUGGUGGACAAGGCACGGAGUGAAAUUCAUAAGAAACUUCAGGAAUGGAGCUCAGUAAAUGCCAAGACUGCUAACAAAGAGAAGGAGAAGAUGAAAGAGAAAGAAAAUAGGAAGCAGAAAAGUGGAGCUAAUGGUGAAAUGCAUGACACCAUUAAACAUAAUGGCUCCAAUAAAAAAUACCAAAACAAGGAAUCUCUUCCUGGCUCUUCUGAUGAUGAUUCAGAUAACCAUGCGCCUGCAUUGUCAAUCAAUGUUCCAGAUUCUGAUUUUCACAACUUUGACUUGGAUAGAACUGAAAAUUCCUUUGGAGAUGACCAGGUCUGGGCUGCAUAUGAUGAUGAUGAUGGGAUGCCUCGCUAUUAUGCUCGAAUUCAGAAGGUGAUAUCUUUGAAGCCGUUUAAGAUGCGGAUCAGUUGGCUUAAUUCAAGAAGCAACAGUGAAUUGGGCCCUAUGAACUGGAUAGAUUCUGGUUUUACCAAAACUUGUGGAGAUUUCCGGACUGGUAGGCAUGAAAUUAGCGAUACAUUAAAUUCUUUCUCCCACAACGUUAAGUGGACAAAAGGUACACGUGGGGCCGUUCGCAUAUUUCCUAGUAAAGGGGAUGUCUGGGCCCUUUACAGUAACUGGUCUUCUGACUGGAAUGAGCAAACUCCUGAUGAAGUGAUACACAAAUAUGACAUGGUGGAGGUGCUUGAUGACUAUAAUGAGGAGCAAGGUGUGUCUGUUAGACCUCUGGUUAAAGUUGCCAGUUUCAAGUCAGUGUUUUGUAAGAACAUGGAUCCCGAGUCUGUCUGGAGAAUCCCAAAAGAAGAGAUGUUUCGCUUCUCUCACCAAGUUCCAGGUCACUUGCUUACAGGCCAGGAAGCUCAUAAUGCUCCUAUGGGAAGUUGGGAGUUAGAUCCGGCAGCUAUUCCUGUGGAACUCCUUCAGGUAAUUACAGAACGUAAUGAAGCACCAUUGGUAGAGAAUGACGGGAAAGUUGAGGAAGAGACGUUGCUGAGUGCCCCAAAAGUUGAGUUAGACGAGUUGGUGGAUAAUUGUGCAAAAGCUAGAGAAGGAGAAACAGUAGAGAAUGGCAUGGAAUGCCAAUGACAAGAGAUAAUGGGCGUGCAGGUGCCCCGAUAGCAGAGGCACAGCUGACAUGGUAGAUGAUGCAGAAAAAGCUUAAGAAAUUAGAAUGUGGAGACUGCUGAAGAUACUUGAAAUUAGGUGAGUUUUUUUCCCUUUUUUUUUUUUUCUUUUUUGUUGCAAGCUUCAUCCAAAUUGUAGAAAUUGGUUCCUUGUGCCAUAACUUUAUCCAGAGAUCCAGAUUUUUUGGUUCUUGUUGUUUCUGUAUAUCUGUGGACAGUUGAAAAGUUGUCACAGAAACUCAUGCAUGACAAUACCCAAAGU